AUGAGUGUAUCCGCCGGACCAGUAAUUUCGACCUCGCCCUCACCGCACCCCUUUCCAUUACUGGAGCCCAGAGAUGGCCGACUGACGAACGACAAUCGUCAUGUUCAUGGUCAUGAUCAUGGCCAUGGUCAAGCUGGGGCGUUCUCUUGGCCACCCAGAUUUUUUAGGCGUCAGUCCAUUUCGAAGAAUUGGGAGAAUUCACCUUGGGUUACAGCUGUGGUUGAAACCAAGUCUGAAACUCUGAGUCCAGAAGAACCCGAGGAGUCAGAUGAGACUAUCUAUCUAACCCCGGAAGAACCUGGGGAAGAAGACACCAUUUUUUUCCUCAUAACAGAAGAGAAUUGGGCAGCGGACAAGUCUCGCGUAGCGCCUCUUGUCGCAUUUCUUCAACGUGCAAAACUGGAGGAGCUCCAACAGAGAGCCAGUCACAUUCCGCCUGACAACAUUGCCAUACUCAUUGACGGCAACUUUUCGGAGAGUAAGGUCUGUCCUCGGCAGUAUCUAGGCGCCUUGUCAGCAGUGAGAUUGCUAGAGGAAUUGCAAAAAAAGCGCUACCAUGAAACCUCUACUGGCGAGGAAGGCGACACCAGAGACGCUGACGCUGAAGCUGAUGCGGAACGACGUCUAAUCUAUGUCGUUGAUACUGACCGGUGGGCCGUCCUUGCACUCGUGGGAUCUGCUCCAGAAUCACUCUACCGGCAGUUGCCCGACUUCUUGCUUAAUUAUAUCCUAUCAAAGCCUUCUCUUGGCGUGCAUUUUUCGACGGAAGGUCCUGAAACCUUUGUCAUGGAGUUUUCAUUUCCAUACUGCGUGUGGAGAACGUCGAAAACCUUGAUGCGAGACCACCGGUCCAAAAGUUCAGACAGAGAAUACCUUAGGUCUUCACGAGAUGUAACAUUCUUACGCGCUCUUGCAGGUUCUCAAGCUAGUAGCGACGGCAUCGACGCCAUCUACUCGAGCCACAUUAGCUGCAUCGUCACAGGUUACGAUCAGUUUCGCUGGACUUGUCUACUGCUAUGCGAGGCCUGGUUUGAAGUCGAAGUCGUUGGCUUGCCAACGCCAGAUAGCAUCGCACGAUAUGAAGGUGAGCAGGAGGAUGUGGUGGAGUCGCUUGGCGUGGUCAAGCUCUCAGAUCCUCUACGCCGUGGAAAGAGUGACAUGUUUGACACAACCGCUACAAUGUGGCUUCCUCGCCCGUAUUUUCUUCGCGUCCUCGAGAUCCGCCUCGGCCAGAUCUACAAAGAGUUCCAGGGUUUGUUCUACAAUUUUGACAAGUGGAUGACGGGCAUUGACGAGGAGCACCGGCGUCUGCUGCAACGCCUGCGCAAGUCUGCACGUGUCAGUCAGAUCACCACGAGAUGGGACGAUGUCCUAGAUGAACUAGACGAGUUCGAAGAGGGCAUCCUCUUAGCGGAAGGGAUAGUGAAAUCCCUGUCGCAAACUAUGGAAGGGGUCGUUUCGAUUGGCGACUUAUUCAUGACAACGGACGUGAACUACUUUCUCCACACAGAGGGCCGACCAGGUGACAUAUCAGCCUGUUACCCUUACCUAUCGCAGAUACGAAGGACAUUCUCAGACCUUCGACAAUUGCGCAUAAGAUUUGGGAACUUAGAGACACAAUAUCAGGGAAUGAUCAAGAAUGGGUUAGCUGCGAGGGACCAGGCCUUGCUUCGUAUGAAAUUCAAGAAAGCCCAGCCGGUAGCCGGUCUAUCUCCAGUAUCGAUUCCUCCUUCCGCUGUUGUGCCCCAACAGUCUAUGGUCGUUAGCAUUUCGGCCUGGAUGACAACCAUUUCUCAACCGCUUGUCAACAUAGCCGCCGUUUUUGGCUGUGACGAAAUCAUAAGAUACACCCGCACGCCCGGUAACUUUCUGAUCUCUCUUGCUUUGAUGAGCCUGGGAAUGAUCAUCAUCGUCUGGAUUUGCAUACGACUGGCCUCCGGUGAUUGUGAAUGGCCAUUCGUCAAUCGCUCUGGAGAUACAGGUACCACGACCCACGCGAAUACCAAUUCCAGGGACAAUUCAGAAGAGACGAUUGGAGGCUCAGCGGCACGCUCAAUCCAACGGCGCACCAAACUGCCCACAAGGUUCAAUAAUUGGUUGCAGAGACCUCGCGUCGAGGAACACCUGCCUUUCAGAGCGACCAUCCCACAUGUGCCACAUUCUCUGGCUCGUGUUGAACUCGCCGCAUUGGAGUUUAGGGGCGCGACCGAUUCACAACUGCAUCAGACCGCUUUGGAUCAGACAAGUUCAGUUGCUAGAGUGCGCGAAAGAGCAUGA